ACUGCUCCAUCUCACACCAUCGAUGCUGCUUCCAUGAACCGAGGGAUGGCACGAUGGAAAGAAAGAUGGAUGGCACGCCAGCCAUGUGCGGACAACGGCGGCCCGUCAGAUGUGGCCUUGAACCUAGGCUCUGGCUCUCUACUAGUACCGUGCGAAGAACAAAGUUCCCAACAGCCACGCCGCACCAACGCACCAUCGGCCAUGCGCCAGCCUAUCUGCCUAUCCAUCCAUCCAUCUGUCCAUCUAUCAAUUCACUGUACAGCAUCUUCGUCGCAGCAAGUAUUGUCGGCUAGCAGCCAAGUACUUGCGAUGCCGGCCGCACUUUGUACCUGUUCAUCUGUGUGGCCUACCCCUAGCUUGCAAGGCCCGGCAAUCGUAAGCGACUGGCUGUCAGAUCCCUCCACCCCCCCUUCACCCUUCACCCUUCCCCCACUAGUUGUCAUCCAUUUCGCCGUACCAUAA